CCCUCCCAGCGCCCGGCGCCUGAGGGAGCGGCAAGAUGGCGGACGGUGGCGGCUUGGCUGAAGCCGCGACUGCUGCGGCUUCUUCCCCGGCACCUGCUCCCGGCCUGAGCCCGCCGCUGGGCUGGAGGGAGCGGCUGCGGGCCAGGCUGGCGGGGACUGGGGUGUCGCUGUGGUUCGUGGUGGGGCUGGGGCUGGGACUGCUUUACGCUCUGAGGGUCCCGCUGCGGCUGUGUGAGAAUUUGGCAGCGGUGACAGUAUUUUUAAACUCAUUGACACCCAAAUUCUAUGUGGCACUUACGGGAACAUCUUCUUUGAUAUCAGGACUAAUAUUUAUGUUCGAAUGGUGGUACUUCCAUAAACAUGGCACGUCUUUUAUGGAGCAAGUGUCUGUGAACCAUUUGCGACCACUGAUGGGAGGAACAGGAAACAGCAUUUCAGAGCCAAGUUCUCCUUCCAGUAACAGAGAAAGUGAAACCAGCAGACAGAAUCUGUCAGAAUGCAAGGUAUGGAGAAACCCUCUAAACCUUUUCAGAGGAGCAGAAUAUAGGAGAUACACUUGGGUGACUGGUAAAGAGCCUCUUACAUACUAUGACAUGAAUUUGUCAGCUCAGGACCAUCAGACCUUUUUCACCUGUGACACUGACUUUUUACGUCCUUCAGACACAGUUAUGCAGAAGGCAUGGAGGGAAAGAAAUCCUCCAGCUCGAAUCAAAGCAGCCUAUCAAGCUUUAGAAUUAAACAAUGACUGUGCCACUGCUUACGUUCUACUGGCUGAGGAAGAAGCAACAACUAUUGUGGAUGCUGAAAGGCUGUUUAGACAGGCGCUCAAGGCAGGAGAGACUAUUUACAGGCGGUCACAGCAGUGCCAGCACCAAAGUCCUCAGCAUGAAGCCCAACUGAGGAGAGAUACUAAUGUACUGGUAUAUAUUAAAAGAAGAUUGGCAAUGUGUGCAAGAAAAUUAGGAAGAAUAAGAGAAGCAGUAAAAAUAAUGAGAGAUUUGAUGAAAGAAUUUCCUCCUCUGACCAUGUUGAACAUCCAUGAAAAUCUACUAGAAUCACUUUUAGAAUUACAGGCCUAUGCAGAUGUUCAGGCAGUCUUAGCAAAAUAUGAUGAUAUAAGCCUUCCAAAGUCAGCGACAAUCUGUUAUACAGCAGCACUAUUGAAGACAAGGACUGUUUCAGAUAAAUUCUCUCCAGAAACAGCCUCAAGAAGAGGGUUAAGCACAGCAGAAAUGAAUGCUGUGGAAGCAAUUCAUAGAGCUGUGGAAUUUAAUCCUCAUGUUCCAAAAUAUUUAUUAGAGAUGAAGAGUCUAAUUUUACCUCCAGAACACAUUCUGAAACGGGGCGACAGUGAAGCAAUUGCCUAUGCUUUCUUUCAUCUUCAGCACUGGAAGCGGAUAGAAGGCGCUCUUAAUCUGUUACAGUGCACGUGGGAAGGCACUUUUAGAAUGAUUCCAUACCCGUUAGAGAAAGGCCAUCUGUUCUACCCUUAUCCCAGCUGCACAGAGACUGCUGAUAGAGAGCUGUUGCCUACCUUUCAUCAUGUUUCUGUUUACCCAAAGAAGGAGCUUCCUUUUUUCAUCCAUUUCACAGCAGGACUGUGUUCCUCUUCAGCAAUGAUAGCUCUUCUCACACACCAGUUUCCUGAAAUCAUGGGGGUUUUUGCUAAAGCUGUGCUUGGACUGUGGUGCCUCCAGCCCUACACAUCCUCGGUCUUUGAGGAGCACCCAGGACUUGAAGUCCAAAGCCCUAAGUUUGAGAUCUGGCUGAGCCACUCAGUGCCCACAUGACCCUGGACAAAUCAC